AUGACGCUCACUGGCACUGCCUUACUUUUAACAGAUUCACCUCUCGGGGUAAUACGUCAGAUGUUGACAGCCGAAUAUAUACUGGCAGUUUUGUACCUUGGUGUGCAUAACCUUCUUCUGUGGUUUUAUGUUGGUUAUUUUAAUUCAUAUUUGGAAUUUAUGGCUGACAAUGACAAGGAUACAAGUAAGUCGACUUCAACGGAUUUGUUCAGUCUUUUCACUUUUAAUUAAUAGUUCAUGCAGUCAAGGGAAAUGAAAACAAUUAAGUUAUUUGUGUGUUCCACCUUCUAAUAUAGUAAACAACUAUACCGAAUGGUUUGGUGUUAUGCAAUUUACUGGGUUUUUCUUUGCUCCCAUCGUUGGUUUUGUCAUGGACUGGAAACCAAAGACGAAACGGAAUAAGAAAACUGAUAUUGGUUUCGUAGCUGGUUAUCUUCUAACUUCAUUCCUCGCCUUAAUUUUGAACAUUCUCAUUCUUGUUCCCAUUCUAUAA